AUGGGUCAUAGUGAAAAAUAUCAGCGGUCUAGAAGUAAGCAGAAGGCUACGUGCCGUCCUAUCUAUAAACUGUUGGCGCCAGUCAGCGGUUGUUGGCCCUCGGAAAGUCCCUCGACUUUUCCUCUUCCCCCGGCCGCCGUCAUCGUGUCUUCGCGGACAACUGUGCAGCUAGCUACUACGACUUGGACAAUCUUCCAGCAGCCAUUGAGCUCUGUCGCUCAACUCCAUGACGCCUACGAGCCAUUUCCAGAUGCUCGUGGCGGUCUGGUAGUGCGCUGA